UUUUGUGGAUUAUUUUUAUAUCAAUUGGCAAACUUAAACAAUUUAGUAGGCAACCCAAAAACAUGUUUACGUAGGGAACGCCGCCAUCGUAUAAAUAGAAUGAAUUUUGUGAUAACUGUCAGUAUCCCAUUAAGUUACAAAUUAUAUGUCCAUUUCAUAGCUUUAAGAUUUCUGAAAUCAUAGUAUUAGUUUAUUUUAUUUUGUUCUCAGUGUUUUAAGAAACCUAGCGUAGUGUAACAAGGAUUACAGAGUAACAUUUUAACUAUAUUUCGUGUCAGUAAAUAAGGAAGAUAUGGAAAAUAAACGUGAUUUUAAUUAUCCUCAUACGUUUAUUUUACUAGGAGCAUCGGGAGAUUUAGCUAAGAAGAAGAUUUAUCCUACAAUAUGGUAUUUAUAUAGAGAUAAUCUCUUACCGAAAAGUACCAAAUUUGUAGGUUAUGCCAGAACCAAGCAAACGUUAGAAGAUGUACGAGAAAAGUGCAAGAAAUACAUGAAAGUGCGGCAAGGAGAGGAAGAAAAGUUCGAAGCAUUUUGGGAAGCCAAUUCUUAUGUGUCAGGAUCUUAUGACAAACGAGUGGAUUACGAAUUUCUUAAUCAACAUAUAAACAGAUUUGAAAAAGGUCCUGUUGCAAAUAGAAUUUUCUACUUGGCUGUACCUCCUACAGUAUUUGAAGAAGUAACGGUUAACAUCAGAAAUGCAUGCCAUGCUAUAAAAGGAUUUACUAGAGUUAUCAUAGAGAAGCCCUUUGGCAGAGAUGAUGAGACUUCUGAGAAAUUGAGUAACCAUUUGGCUGGAUUGUUUAAAGAAGAACAAAUUUACAGAAUCGAUCAUUACUUGGGAAAAGAGAUGGUACAAAAUUUGAUGACAAUAAGAUUUGCAAACCAAAUAUUCAAUCCUUCGUGGAAUAGAGAGAAUAUUGCAUCUGUUCUUAUAUCAUUCAAAGAACCAUUUGGAUCAGAAGGUCGUGGAGGCUAUUUCGAUAACUUUGGAAUUGUCCGUGAUGUGAUGCAAAACCAUCUUCUUCAAAUAUUGUCUUUAGUUGCUAUGGAAAAGCCAGUAACGAUGCACCCAAAUGAUAUCCGAGAUGAGAAAGUUAAGGUAUUAAGACACAUUCCGCCCAUAAAAUUAAGUGAUAUUUUGAUUGGACAGUAUGUUGGGAAUCCCAAUGGACAAGGGGAUGAAAAGCUAGGCUAUCUGGAUGAUCCUACUGUACCAAAAGGUUCAGUCACACCUACAUAUGCAUUAGCAGUUAUGUGGAUUAAUAAUACAAGAUGGCAAGGAGUUCCAUUUAUUCUACGCUGCGGCAAGGCCCUCAAUGAAAGGAAAGCGGAAGUGCGAGUACAAUAUAAAGAUGUACCUGGAGACAUUUUUGGUCACGCAAAACGGAAUGAACUGGUUAUAAGAGUUCAGCCAGGGGAAGCUUUGUAUUUAAAACUUAUGUGUAAAUCACCUGGAAUGAAGUUUGAUUUGACUGAAACGGAGCUUGAUUUAACAUACAGUCUACGUUACAGAGGAGCAGAUGUACCAGAUGCAUAUGAAAGAUUGAUAUUAGAUGUGUUCACAGGAACUCAAAUGCAUUUUGUUCGUAAUGAUGAAUUGAAAGAGGCUUGGCGUAUUUUUACUCCGGUCCUUAAGAACUUGGAGGAGCAUCUUGUGAAACCGAUUCCUUACAUAUAUGGAUCAAGAGGGCCUUCUGAAGCUGAUGCUAAAUUAGCCGAAAAUGAUUUCAAGUAUUCAGGCUCUUACAAAUGGGAGAAACCCACACUGGAAUGAUUUCAAGUGGGACCAAAAUGGUGAUGGUAUUUAUAAAUUCCUAUUUUUAUAUCUUUGACAAUAUGCUUGCACAAUAAUAUUAGUUUUAAGUAACUUUAUAGACUUUUUUGAAUCUUGCAUUCCAUUUUACUUGUUAUGAAUGUGUGGUAGAGGUCAUUUAAAGGUUAUUACAAUGUUACAGUGUCUAUACUUAUUACUGUAAUGUAGUCUUAUAUAAUAUGACAAUGUUAUUUUAUCAAUAAAUUUUAUAAUCUGUGA